UGUGUUGUGUGUUUUGGGGAGUUCGCCGAAUUAAUCCGAAAGAUUUUGAGGAUGAAGGCAAAGGAUUUCCAAAACAUGAUGAUCAUGUGACUUUCACAAAAUGGCAGCUAGUCAGCCUAGUGGGAGUUUGUUUGCAGGAAAACGAAGAACUGGUUCUUUUACUCCUGCUGAAGCCGAUGGAAAUGAACAAGAUUUUGAUGUUCGUGAAGAUGAGGAACAGAAUGUAAAGUUGCUGCAGACCAUUGAGCUACUGCUGGCUGCAGGCUAUUUCCGGGCCAGGAUUAAGGGCUUGUCUCCUUUUGACAAGGUUGUUGGAGGCAUGACAUGGUGUAUCACCACAUGUAAUGUGGACAUUGAUGUGGAUCUCCUCUUUCAAGAAAACUCCACAAUUGGGCAGAAAAUAGCUCUGACAGAGAAGAUUGUGGCUGUGCUUCCCCGCAUGAAGUGUCCACACAGGAUUGAGCCCCACCAGAUCCAGGGUCUCGACUUCAUUCACAUAUACCCUGUGGUUCAGUGGUUGGUGAAGCGAGCCAUAGAGACGAGAGAGGAGCUGGGAGACUACAUCAGAAAGUUUUCAGUGUCUCAGUUCAACAAGACCUACAAAACACCGGAGGAUGAGGAAUUCUCCGCCAUAAAGGGCAAAGCUACCAGCACCGUGUCUGAUAUCAAGAGUACAUACAAGCCAGAGAGGAAGUACCGGCGUCAUGACGUGGACAAGUUAAAGGAUGAGGAGACGAGAGUCCAGUCUACGCUGCUAGAGUACGGACGCAGAUACGGGUUCAGCAAGUCAGAUAAAAUGGAGGAUGAUGAAAAGGCAGCCAAGAAAAAAGCUGCUGCGGCAGCCAUAGGUGGCAAGGAAGGGGAAAAAACCCUUGAAGAGCUGCAGGCAGAGGAAGAGAGACGGAUCAGCAUGUUGAUGAGUGGAAUGUCUGCCAUGGGAUUGCAGGAGGGUAAACUUACAGCAAAGAAUGUGGGCUCAAUCGUGGGAAUGCAGUCAGCAGAAAUACAACAGAUAGCAUCAGAAUAUGCAGAGAAGCAAGCAGAGAUAGAGCAGAUAGAGAAGACCGAGAGGGUGGGAGGGGCACAGCAACACAAGCGUAAUACUGCCCUACUGGGAAAACAGAUAAACCAGAGUACGGAAAAACUGCAAGAGCUUCAAGCCAAACAUGCAGAGCUACAAAAAACCUAUAAGGCAACUCAAGAGAAACUGAAAGAGGCCCUGUCACGCAGUGAACGUAUAGAUGAGGAAAUGCAGAAACUCUCUACCAUUGAAACUGAUGAAAAUCAGGGGUUACUGCAAACCCUUAAGUCCCUGGUGUCGAUGAAUGAGAGCCUGAAACGCCAGGAGCAGGAAUUCAAGGCACACUGUAAGGAGGAGAUGGCGAGGCUGAAGGAAGGCAUUGACAGGCUGAAACAUGCCUCGGACAGUGAGAUGUCUGAGGAUCAGGCACGGGCCGGUCUCAUUGAGAAGCAGUACAAUGCUGACAAAGAGAAACUGCAUAAAAUCAGACUAUUGCUGGCUCGUAAGAACAGAGAUAUAGCGGGACUGCAGCGGAAAAUAGAUGAGGUUCCGUCCAGAGCUGAAUUGAGCCAGUACCAAAGAAGAUUCGUAGAACUAUACAAUCAAGUGGCGGCCACGCACAAAGAGACAAAACAGUUCUUCACAUUAUAUAACACUUUAGAUGAUACAAAACUCUACCUGAAUAAAGAGGUUAAUCUACUGAGUUCAAUCUACGACAAUUUCAAUCAAGCCAUGUCGUCGGCGGCAAACAAGGAACAGUUUCUGAAGCAGUUUGAACAAAUAGUCGAAGGAGUGAAAAACAACAGAGCUAAGGUUGAGCAAAGAAAACAAGAGGAAAAAAUGCGCCGCGAUCAACUCAAUGAUAAAUAUCUCGACCUUGUGGAAAAGCAGCGUCUUUACUUCAAAACUGUCAAAGAUUUCCAAGAGGAGUGCCGUAAAAACGAAAUUCUUUUGGCGAAGACACAGAAAUGAUAUUGACACUGGUUUAUGUGUAUUGUGGUCGGACAGUGCAUACGAACGAUGAAACUUGAUGCAAAGAGCUAUCAGUAAAUCGUGUUAAAAGCAUUGUUAUGAAAAAAGUGUAGAACAUGUAUUACAAAAUUAUACAAUAAAAUUGUUAUCGGCCCACGUGUAUUGUAAGUUUGCUAUUUAUGUGUUUUUAUGCAUUAAUACCUUUUUCGCAAAUUAUUUCCAUCUGUCAAACCUGUAAUUUUCUUUUUGAUUGCCGGUGCACUUUGAGCCUAUAUGAAAGGAUGUACAUCAUAACAUGGUGGCAAUCAUUUAAUGAAUGACAUUUAACAAAACCUUAAAAAUA